AUGAAUUAGAUCAACAUUCUAAAAGGUAUUUCAAUAAAGAUAAGUCCAAUUAUUAGAAUUUUAUUUAAAAUAAAAACUAAUUUUUUAUUAAAUUUGUUUAUGAGACACACUAUUUAGAAUUAAAAAAAAAAUUUUUUAUUAUAAAUUGGAAAAAAAUAAUUUAAAGGUUUAUAAAAUGAAACUCUAAGUAACUUAAAAAAAAGAAUAAAUGAAAUUUUUAUGGGAUAAAGGAACUAUUAAUCUUUAAUAUUAAUAGAUGAUAAGUAAACAAGUUCAAGGCUAAGUAAAAGGUAAAAGCUAUUAUUAUUAUAUAAAACUAAUAAUUUAUAGCAUGAACUUAUUAAAACUAAAACCUAUCAUUCUAAUCUAAAUUAAUAGCAUAAAAGUAUAUAUUUACUAUAGUUUUAAAGCUAUUACUUAUUUUGUUUAAGAAUUUUAUAGAUAGAUACUUAUUUUUAGUGA